GGCGGAACUAAGCAGUGAUCGCUUCCGGUUAUUUCGGACACAUGUCACGGAUUUGCUGUUUGUCGAUAUGAAAGUUAUUUCUUAAUCUGUCUGACUGAAGUUAAGUGAAAGAGAACACUAAAUUCAAAAUGCCGAAGAAGAAAACAGGGCAACGUAAAAAGGCAGAUAAGCAAAAGGAGAGACAGAAAGGAAUCCGAUCUGGUAACACAGAAAAGCCCCUUCCAGAAAGGCCAUGUAAUUUUGUGAUGGAAUGUGACCAAUGCAGAAGGAUACAAAAGAACCGUGCUUUCUGUUACUUCUGUGCGGCCGUACAAAGACUGCCUGUCUGUGCACAAUGUGGGAAACAGAAAUGUAUGGCCAAGAUGGGUGACUGUGUUAUAAAACACUCUGGACAGUUUACAACUGGAUUAGGCAUGGUGGGUGCUGUGUGUGACUUCUGUGAGGCUUGGGUGUGUCACGGACGCAAGUGUCUGACGACCCACGCAUGUACCUGUCCUCUCCAAGAUGCCGUUUGUACAGAAUGUCAGAGAGAAGUCUGGUCUCAUGGUGGCCGUGUGUUUAAGUGUUCCUACUGUAUGAAAUUUCUAUGUGAGGAUGACCAGUUCGAGCAUCAGGCCAGCUGUCAGCAGCUCGACACAGAAUCAUUUAAAUGUGCAUCCUGCAAUCGAUUAGGCCAGUUCUCCUGUAUGCGAUGCAAGGUUUGUUUCUGUGAUGACCAUGUGAAGAGAAAGGGCUUCAAAUAUGUGCGCGGACAGCCCAUUCCCUGCCCCAAGUGUAACUUUGAUACCCAGGAGACCAAGGACAUGAGUAUCAACACUCGUCGUCACCAGUUUGGGAGACAGCGUGCAGAUGAUGAUGACGACGAUGAUGAAGAUGGCGGCUUCACCUUCGGUGGUGCCUCAGGGUUUUCCUAUGGAGGAGGGGGAGGACCAGGCUACUCCUAUGGAGAUGGUGAUGAUGAUGAUGAUGACGACGAUGAUGAUGAUGACGAUGAAGAUGAUGAAGAGGAAAGUGAUGCAGAUGACAAAGAUGAGUUAAAGAAGGAGUUGAAGGGCUUGAAAGAGGACUUGAAGACAGACUUGAGCAAAAUGAAAUUAUGAUUUCAACAUCAGUUAGAAAAUAAAUAAUUAUAUAUUUAUAACUAAUAUACCUGAUGAUAUGGCUGUUUUGUUAAAAAUUCCUUUUAUAUAUAAAAAGCAAUAUUAAAUGGAAUGCUAAUGAAUGCUAAUGAUCAGUAUAUAUUUAUAGGAUUUGAUUCAGUUGUAUGACCUGCACAUAACAUCUGUUCCUUCAGUGCUGUCAUGUUAAGUGGUGUAUAAUGCCAGCAGGUGCUUGUUACUGAAAACAUUUUUCAAUUGUGAUAUGUCUGCAACAAGUAAAAUUUGUAUCUGCAAUGAAUAAAAUGUCUGCAUAUUUAA